CCUAACCAAUCUACGCCUGCCCGCGAAACACCUAGUCUCUUCCGUCGCUAAAGGAUAAAUUUCAAUUUCACAGUACAGUUUAGUCAAAAAUCUCAUCUUCUUCUCCACCCAGCGGCCAGCACCACCACUACCAGAGAGAGAGUGCGUGUGCCCUUCAACAUUUCAAUACGUGAGAAUCCAAUUCCUAUUUUUCCACUAUCAAAAUCUCUAUUAAGCUUAACUGAAACGUUGAAAUUAGUAGAAAAAGAGAAAUUCUUAGUUUGAGAAAUGGCGUUUUCAGUACUAUCAUCUUCUUCCCUUCUUUUCCUCCCAUUAAAGCCCAGAAAGUUUAUCUUACCAAUUCGAUGCUCAUCACCGUCGAUUUCGACCCAAUCAAGGUCGACCCAAUUCGAUUUGAAGACGUAUUGGACGACCCUGAUAGCCGAGAUUGACCAGAAGCUCGACGAAGCGAUCCCCGUUAAGUACCCGGAGCAGAUCUACCAUGCCAUGCGGUAUUCCGUCCUCGCUAAGGGCGCCAAGCGAUCCCCGCCCGUCAUGUGCGUUGCCGCCUGUGAACUCUUCGGCGCCGACCGCCUCGCCGCUUUCCCCACUGCUUGUGCCCUCGAAAUGGUACAUGCAGCUUCAUUGAUACAUGAUGACCUUCCUUGCAUGGACGAUGACCCCUCACGCCGAGGCCAGCCCUCCAACCACACAAUCUACGGCGUAGACAUGGCAAUUCUCGCCGGGGAUGCCCUCUUCCCACUGGGAUUUCGCCACAUUGUGUCUCACACACCUUCCAACCUGGUGCCCGAGUCCCGGCUUCUCCGCGUGAUCACUGAGAUUGCGCGGGCCGUCGGGUCUACAGGCAUGGCAGCCGGGCAGUUCCUCGACCUCGAGGGUGGACCAAACUUUGUUGAAUUCGCGCAAGAAAAAAAAUUUGGUGAGAUGGGGGAGUGCUCGGCUGUAUGCGGGGGACUACUAGCCGGUGCAGAGAACGAUGAGAUAGAGAGGCUGAGGAGGUAUGGUAGAGCUGUGGGGGUUUUGUAUCAGGUGGUUGAUGAUAUUCUGAAAGAGAAAUCGAAAUCCAAGAAUGGUGGGGGAGUGGACAAUGAUGAGAAGAAGAAGAAGAAGAAAGGUAAGAGCUAUGUGGAAGUUUGUGGGGUUAAGAAGGCAAUGGAAGUGGCCAAAGAGCUUAGAGCUAAGGCCAAACUAGAGUUGGAUGGUUUCGAGAAAUAUGGUGAGUCUACUUUACCACUUUACAGCUUCGUGGAUUAUGCUGCUGAUAGAGGUUUUAAGAUUGGAGAUUCAAGUUCAUAGAGACAAGAAUUUUAUUAUUAUUAUUAGUAUUAUUAUAACUUUCAAAAUCUUACGAAUCAUUUGAAAUUAAAGACUCGAUAUUAGAAGCUAGCCAAUGCUACUGUUACUGUCUAUAAUAUUUCAGUAAUCAGUAUAAUUUCUUCCUAAGAAAACACAUAGGAUGAUUGAUGUGAAUUUUCUCUGGUCGUGCUGAGUUUGAUUUACAAAACUUCUUAGCACUAAUGAAAGAUUGUAGAGAAUGAUGAAUCUUCUUUUAUAUAUAUAUAUAUGUGUGUGUGUGUGAUAUUGUCAAUA